AUGGGUCUCCUUUCCGAGAUUGUGAGCAAUUGCCUACCUCAAACCCUCUUAGAGUGGACUGUCUUUGCACUGGCAGCCUUUGUCGUCUACUCCAUACAGCUCGUCGUGAGACGACUCUACUUCCAUCCCCUGGCCAAGAUCCCCGGGCCAUUCCUAGCGAGGACAACAUACUGGUAUGAAUUCUACCAAGACGUCAUUCUUGGUGGGAUGUACGUCAAGAACUAUCCCGCACUCCACGAAAAAUAUGGGCCUGUCAUCAGAGCCAGCCCAGAUCGGGUUCACGUCAGUGACCCAGACUUCUUCCACGAGGUCUACUCCUCGGGCUCCAAAUACAUGAAGGAUCCUGCCUUUUUCCAAUCGUCUGGAGGCAUUCCCGAAGCACUUCCCGCCAUUGUCGAUGUCGAGUACCACAGGCGCCGAAGAAAGCUCAUCAACGACUUGUUCUCUGCCAAGUCUAUGGAGGCGCUUUCCCACCUCGUCCUGGACGUUGUCCAGAAUGCACUUCGGAAGGCGCAUGAGCACCAUGAUGAGAACAAAGUCUUGGACAUCCAGCGUCUUUACACUGGCAUCACCAUCGACACUAUCAUGCGCGUCCUGUGUGACCGCACGCUCAACUUUAUCGACGCUACGGACGAGGAGCCACCAUUUCUUGCCACCCUGCGCACAUUUUCCGAGAACUUCUUCGUCCUGAAGCACUUUCCCGUCCUCAUCUGGAUGGCAAUGAACAUUCCCAAGAGCAUUGCCGCCAAGCUGAUCCCCGGCGAGUUUGAGUUCCGCGCCAGCAUCAACCAGUGGAUUCGUGACCGCGCCGCGGAACAUGAACUCGGUGUGGAGAAGGCAGUAGAUGGCCGCAAAACCGUCAUCGAUCUUUUGCUGCGUCCCGAGGAUGGUGGGAGGCCCCUGACCCACCAAUCUGUCGAGGAUGAAACCUACUCGUUUGCUUUUGCCGGAACCCAUACCACCAGCCACACCAUGAGCAUGGGCACCUACUAUCUACUGUCCAACCCGUCCAAACUCCAGAAGCUCCGUGACGAGCUCAAGACUGUCCCCAAAAAUUACCGCGGACUGUACGAGUACAAGACCGUCCGGUCUCUGCCGUACUUGAACGCCUGCAUCAAGGAGUCUCUCCGGAUGUCUUCGCCUGUGCCUGGCAUCAUUCCACGUCUUGUCCCUUCCACUGGCAUGACCUGGAAGGGCCACUACCUGCCUGCGGGGACCUCUGUUUCCAGUUCCAUCCGCUCUGUUCACGACAACCCCGAAAUCUUCCCCAACCCCGACCAGUUCAUCCCUGAGCGGUGGCUAGGCGACGACAAUCUGGACCACUACCUAGUCGUCUUCGGCAAGGGCUCCCGAGCGUGCAUUGGCCUCAAUGUCGCUUGGAUGGAGACCUACCUCACCUUCUCCAACUUCUUCUCUUCGCUGAACAUGAGCCUGUUUGACACCAAUGAGAAGACUACGGAUUGGACUGACUGUGGAAAUGCCAUGAUCAAGCAGCACGUCAAAGUCAAGGUCGACUCUGUGGUAUCUUAG